AAUUCUUUCUCAACGUGUGUUCAUAAAUUCCGCCCUGGUAUUACGAUAAUUCGAUGAAUAUCUUUAACCUUUCUUUUACUGAUGAUUUACCAAACUGUUUUCUUAAAGUCUCAAUCGCCUGAUUGCAAGAUAUAGAAAAGAAUUAUACUUGCGUCUCAUUCAUACAAACUUAAUAACUUGUUAUUGGAAGUUCCAUUCAGUAAAAAGUAUUUCACACUUUUUAGAGUUAUGGCUAGAGGAAGAUCCUAUAGUUCUCAUUCCCGCUCGUACUCUACUCGAUCUUCGAGACCUAGAGUGAGUACAAGACCAUCUUCAACUGCUUCGCACAGUGCGACCCACCGUAGUGCAGGAACGUCGUCCGCCUCAGGGUCGAAAGCAUCGACUACUUCAAGAACGAUGCCGUCGACUUCAUCAUCGAACAGAGUUGGAAGUUCAACUUCGAGCUCAUAUACGGCGUCGAAGCCCACGGCAACUCCCACUUCCACAGCUAAACCGGCUGCUCAGACAACCAUGCCUGCUACGGCCAAGCAGCCUGACACAACCAAGCAGCACGCGCAGUCAGCUCAGCCUACGCAGACAACCCCUGCUGCUCAGCCUGCCCAGCCUGCCCAGUCCGUGCCAGCUCCCAGCGCGACAGUGAACAUCCGUGGUCCCGGUUUCUUCGGUUCGAUUCUCCAAGGCUUCGGCUUUGGCGCUGGAAGUUCGCUCGGCCACGCUGCUGUGGGGGCGAUGCUCGGAGGCGCUUCUUCCAACGCUUCGCAAGAAGAAAUCCAGGAAGAGCCUGUGGCCGCUGAAACGCCCAUAGAACCUGCUGCUGCUGCCAGAGAAGAGGAGAACUUUAACGAUGUGUGCAGAGUCCAAUUGAAGGACUUCCAGAGCUGCUUGGAGGCGUCUAACCAGCAGCUUUCUGCGUGCCAGAUGUACUACGAGUCGCUGAAGGCGUGCCAGGACCGAGCCAAUCAGAUGAAGGAGAUGUUUUGGAUUGUUUGA